ACCAACGUAGGACUUAUUUACAAUUUAUUUCGUUCACAUUCUUCACGACCACAAAAAUAUCAAAGAACCUUUCUUCUUCCUCCACAUUGAAUCCGUUUAAAGGCACGAACAUCCCAUGGAAGCAAGCUUUCUUGUUCAAGACAUGAAUCAACCAACUCUUAUGGACAAGAGAUUCCAGUCUUGUGUUUGUUGACGUCUGUAAGAGGAACUGUCCCUGACAACAAUAGAUGGAUUGAUAUAGUUACCUGCUGCAAGCAGCAGAGCAGACAUCUGCAAACGGUGCCUGACCGUCGGUCUAAAUCAAUAUUGGGUUCAGAGCCCAAAGAAAAAUUAAAGCCCAUAAGGAGAAGGAGAAGAAAAAAGUUUCUUUUGAAAACCGUGGGAAUUGAUGGAAAAUUCUUACUAAAAAGUUUAGAUAUAAAAGACAAAGGAAAGGGUUAUACGUAAGAUAUAUGGAAAAAGAUUGCUUGAGGAUGGAAUCGCUGCCCCACGAAGUAGUAGAGCUGAUCUUGGAGAGACUUGCGGUGAAAUCCCUGCUGAGAUACAAGGCUGUAUCGAAGCAAUGGGAAUCAACAGUUGAAUCCCAAUUCUUCCAAGAAAGACAGUACUUGACGCAUCGAGAGCGAUCAGGAGAUGCAGAUGUUCUCAUGGUGUCCGUAAUUACCGAUCGGGGCCAGGACACCCUAAGAACGCUGGUCUUGGGUUCAUCCUCAUCAGUCAAGAUCCCUACUCCUUGGGAGGAGGAGGACAACACAGACUAUUUGGUUUCCCAUAAUAGCUUUGACGGUCUCGUUUGUCUCUACAAUCUCUUCAACUCUUUUGUGGUCAACCCCGCCACUAGAUGGUAUCGGGCUCUUCCUCCGUGUACCUUUCAACAACUCUGGGAUCACUCUCACUCUGUCACCAAGCCUGGGUACAGAUUCUUUCAGAUCGGGUUCGGUAAAGACAUAUUCACCAACACAUACAAGCCCGUUUGGCUAUACAAUUCUCUAGAUGUAGGCCUAGAAAACGCUACCACAUGCGAAGUUUUUGACUUUAGCACCAACGCUUGGAGGUAUGUUACUCCAGCUUCUCCUUAUCCCAUUAUUGCUCUUAUUGAUACCGUGUUUGUUAAUGGGUCACUUCAUUGGUUAACCGACUGCCAAGAAACCAAAGUUGUAUCUUUCGAUCUUCAUACCGAAGCUUUUCAAGUCCUCUCCAACGCUCCCUUUGUCAAUUCCUCCCCUUACGGGUUGGCUAUGUGCAAACUCAACAACCGUUUGUGCGUAUCCGAGAUAACUUGUCCCAAUCAAGUGAUAUGGUCUUUCAAUUCAAGCAACAAGACGUGGGACAAAAUAUAUUCAAUAGACCUGGAUAUAACUCUUGCUUCGUAUGGUAUCCCAGCUUGGCCAACAAUGUUCACUCUUGUGCCACUAGCAAUUUUGAAGAUGAAGAAGAAGUUGUUGUUUUAUGAUACUGCGCUACUACAUCAACAACUAUUUACACAAGACCCCGAAAGCAAACAAUAUGAUAUUGCUUUCUCGCCGGCUAUAUCCAUUGGAAUUCCUGUUUGUUAUUUCCCGAGUUUAAUCUCUAUUUUAUAGAUUUGGUUGGUGCCAAUUCAUUGUAACAUUUGCUUCUUCCAUCAACUAUUUGUUUUCCCCCAAGUAAGUUUGCAAUUUUUGGUGUUGUUACUCUCGUGAACAAAACAGUUAUCUCCAACUAUGGGCUUAUGUGCUUCAACAUACAAGCCGGUAUA